ACUUGCGUUAUGAGUACGGCGGAAAUAGUGUAACGGCCAAUACAAUAUAUUUUUUUAUAUCGUGCUGUGAGAUUGUAACGAUGAAAAGAAUUGACCGGAUCAUCUCAAGUGCUUUGAAGAAAAAAAAACUCCCGCAGUGUACAGACAAGAAGGAGGAUGAAACUUUGUUAACAAUGGCACCAGUAAACAGGGAUGACACUGAGGGAACUGAUAAGUGCCUAUCUAUCUACUUGUUAUUAUUAUUUAUUGACCUUAAACUGACAAUAAAAUUAUUAUAAUGAUAUUCUUAAUUUGAAAUUAAUCUAUGCUAUUUUGCGAUAAUAAUAACAUCGAUUCGGUAACGGCUUUAAAUCGUCUAGAAUGACCAACAUUGAAAGUACUUAUUAGUCUAUUAUUACUAUAUUAUAUUUAUUUAUUUUUUCGAGCCUAGUCUAGACAUAACAUAUGUCUGGGUUGUGGUGUAUGUAAGCUAAUGUUAUUACAGAUGAUGUGACAACGUCAGCUGCUUUCUUGAAUCCUGCAACUGCAUUGACGCUAUCUCAUAUGCCAGAACAAGUUCUAUCGAAAAUUGAUGUUGUGGAUUCGCCAAAAGCUCCGUUGUAUUCACCGUUGACGCCUUUAGGCGUAGUCGCGUCAAGGCAUAUACACGAGUGCAAAGAUGAAGUGGAUUCACCAGUAGCUCCACCGUACUCGCCUUUGACCCCUCGGGUACCCGGAUAUAAGACAAUUCAAUGUAGUUAUGAGCUUCUUUUUUAUUCUUGUAUGUAUCAAAAAUAAAUGAAUAAUUAAGUUUAAUUUUUCUGAGAUAUUUCAGGUUGUGGAGAAAAUCCAUCACCUUUGCCUGCUAUGUCUCCAAGCACUUUAGAACUAGUUGAAACUUUGGGUGAUAUAUUUCCAGGGGAUUAUAGUAGUGAUACGGACACUGAUUAUGUGCCUGAUAGUGAAGAAGAUUCAGAUAGUAGCCAUUCAAUUAGAGUAAAGAAAAAUAAUGACAUCAAUAUUAUUUCGGCAAAAUGUUGUAUACCGGAUAGUGAUGAUGAUUUCGAAGCUGGUGUUUCAACAGGAACUGUACAAACUCAUGCUGCUGUGGUGCAUAAUUUGGUAAAUCAGGACUUCGAAAUAAGAAACGAAACAUCAAGUACAACUUUUCAUGUUAUUCGUGGUGAUGAAACGUUGGAUCAAAUUACCAAUUUUGAAGUUCAAAAUAAUGACGAUUAUCUGAUCUUAGAAACACAAAGUGAACCACAGGCAUUUCGUCCCAAAAAAGGACGUAAAAGAAAACACCCAGAGCAUACUAUGGCACAGAAAAAGAACGUUAAAUAUGCCAAUUUACCUUAUCAUGGAAAAAAUAAACUAAUUCCGUCUAAAAACUUUAUAGACUAUACGUGUAAAUGCACUAGGCAAUGUUAUUUCCGCGUUUCAGAAGAAAAUAGGAAAGAAGAGUUCGAAAAAUAUGUUAUAUUAGGCUCAUAUGAAGCGCAACUGCUUUAUAUUUUAAAUAACGUCAAAGAAAGCCCUAAAUCUAGAUCAUACACCUUGAUAAAUAAUAAAUCUGGUAAAAAGAACGCAAGACAAUACCGAAGAAAUUAUUUUAUAUGUGACAUAGAAGUGUGCAAAGAUAUGUUCACACAUAAUUUUCAAAUUUCUUAUAAGAAAGUCGAUAUUUCCUUACUGAAAAAACGAUCUGGUACCGCUUUGAAAGACAAUAGAGGCAAAGCUCAAGGUGGCUGGAAUAAGACGCCACAAGAGGAUGUCGAGUUCAUUAAAAAUAUAAUAAAUUCCUUGCCUAAAUAUGAGUCCCACUAUAGGAGAGAAAAUAGCGACAGUAAAUAUUUAAAACCGGGCACGACUAUCGAAAAAAUUCAUGAAAUUUAUAUAGAUGAAUUAAAAACUGUUUACGGUAUAUUAAAAAGACCUGUUUCUAUAAAUACUUUCAAACGUAUAUUUUAUAGUAAUUUUAAUUUGCGAUGUAAGCCAUUAAAAAAAGAUACGUGCAACAAGUGUGAUUCGCUAAGAAAUAAAAUAAAAAAUUGUUCAUCCGAAGAAAAGACAAUAUUAGUUGCAGAAAAAGAAGAGCAUCUAAAACGAGCUGAAGAACUGAGAAUUCAAAUGAAUCAAGAUCUGCAAAGAGCUAAAAUUGACGAGAAAUUUGAGUGUCUGACGUAUGACCUAGAAAAAACGCUUCCUCUUCCCCGGAUACCCACAAAUAUAGUUUUUUACAAGCGCCAGCUUUGGCUUUACAAUAGUGGUAUUCAUGCCGGUUCAAACGACGUAGGUUACUGUAACAUUUGGGUUGAAGGAGAAGCAGGAAGAGGAGCACAAGAGGUAGGGUCGUGCCUCGUACGGUUCAUUAAAAACGAUCUCAGCCAUGAAGUGGAAGAUCUUGUGUUGUGGAGCGAUUGCUGUGGGGGGCAGAAUCGUAACAUAAAAAUUAUUUUAAUGCUGAAAGCAGUAUUGGAUUCUCAUCCGAGACUAAAAACAAUAACACUAAAAUAUUUAGAGUGAGGGCAUACAUUUCUUCCCAAUGACACCUAUUUUUCUAAAAUAGAAUACCAAUUAAAAUAUCACCAAAGAAUAUACACCCCCGAUCAAUACAUUAACGUGAUUAAGAGCUGCAAGAAAAAAAAUCCACUGAAGGUUUAUAGGAUGCAAAGAAAUGAUUUCUUUUCUACCAGCAAAAUGGAGAAGAAAAUUGUCAACAGAAAAACUUUCGUUACAAAAGCUAAAGUUAACUGGUUAAGGACAAAAAAAAUACUCUUGAAAAGAGAUGAAAAGUAUACAAUCUACAUGGAAAAUACUGAUGGAAUGUUUGAAGAGCUAAACAUUGAAAAGAAAUUAAGAGGAAAACGAUUAGAAAUAUCGGAAGAGGACUUAGUGUUGCUGUGGCCGAAUGGGAAAGAAAUUGCUCAAGCAAAACUGGACGACUUGAAAUCUAUCUUUGACUUUAUUCCCAAAGAUUGUUUAGAUUUCUAUAAAACUCUAAAGGGGAACGAUAAUAUUACUGAAGAUGUCGAUGGCUUCGAUUGUGUUACUGAUUUUGAGCUGCUUAUAGAGCAGACAGAGCAGACAGAGCAGACGGAGCAGGAUGACCAGGAAGACUUAUUGCAAGAUAUAGUGUAAUAAAAGUAGAGUUCAUUUUGGAUUUUUUAAUAGUAAGAGUCACGGUCGAUCAGUUCCUACUUGUGUUUAAUUUUAAAUUAUAAAUGGUAAUUAAUAAAUAAUUUUGCUUUGAUUC